UUUUGCUCCGAGUCCCCUCCACUCUGUGCUACACUCCUUGUGUUGUCAUCCGAACCGGGAAUUGUCUGUGCUUGAGGAUCACAGUGCUACUACUAUCAGCUUGAAAUGGCACCCAAGAAGGACCCUAAGGCUCCCGCCAAGAAGGCCGAACCUGCAGCAGCACCUGCACCUGCACCGGCACCAGAGCCAGCCCCUGCUCCUAAAGCUCCCGCUAUCGACCUGUCCGCCGUCAAGGUGGAAUUCAGCGCAGACCAGAUUGAUGACUACAGGGAGGCCUUUGGUCUGUUUGACAGGGUGGGUGACAACAAGGUGGCUUACAACCAGAUCGCUGACAUCAUGCGCGCUCUGGGACAGAACCCCACCAACAAGGAGGUGAACAAGAUCCUGGGAAACCCCUCCGCUGAAGAGAUGGCCAACAAGAGAGUAGAGUUCGAGGCUUUCCUCCCCAUGCUCCAGACCAUCAUCAACAGCCCAAACAAGGCCGGAUACGAGGACUACGUUGAGGGUCUGCGCGUCUUCGACAAGGAGGGCAACGGCACAGUGAUGGGUGCUGAGCUGCGUAUUGUGCUGUCAACACUGGGAGAGAAGAUGACUGAGGCUGAGAUUGAUGCUCUCAUGGCAGGACAGGAGGAUGAGAACGGCUGUGUCAACUAUGAGGCCUUUGUCAAGCACAUCAUGUCGGUGUAAGGACCCUGUCACUGCGGUGGUGAGCAUCGUAUAUGUGCAGACCCCAUGGUGUCGCGACAUCUACUCACUGUUUCCUGUACCAUCUGAGGAAGCAGGGGGAACAAAGGACUAUGAGAUGUCAUAUUUCCUGAACCCUUCUUUUGUUUUGUUCUACACGUUUUUUUUUUCCUUUUGUCCAACUGGUGCUUUUUUUUUCUCCUCCUCCUCCUCCUGCUGUUCCGGAAGCCGUCCUGAUUUCCCAUGAGAGGUUUCUCUCCUCAUCUUCAGCCAAGUCCCCCCUUGUCUCAUUGGGGAUUUCUAUCAUCACUGGUUUUCAAAGUGGAACAGUGAUGGAGGGGAAGGUGGGAUAACGAUGACCACCCCCUCCCGUCACUUUGCGGUCUGGCUGGCUCUCUAUCUGCCGGUGAAGUGACUGGUUUGGCCCAGGACUGGCCAUCAAAAUGAAUACACUCCUCACCCAACCCAUCCCUAGGUCUUAACUUAUUGUACCAUCUGCCACAAUAAACUUUUCACAAACUCCCAUUUUA